UGCUGCUAACGUUAACUGAUGCUACGUAUCAUGCUAGCUACAAUUCGCUUCGAUAACAGCUAUAAAUUGCUCUGUUUAUAUGUUAUGUGACGAUCACUGUCAGCUUCGAUGCGAAGAACUCUUAGCUGCGUCAACAUCGCUGUUUUGCACUGGUGUCGUUGCAGCGAAACCUCUUUACACAGCUGUCAAAUUUUGUUUAUCUGACGUCACACGGGGCAUAUGUGAUGUCAGACGUGGUACAUACGUCUGUUUGCCGAAUAAAUCUAUGUCAGCAGAAAUAUGGCGACGCAGCCAAGCUCGCCAGCCGUCCUCCGAGAGUUCUGUCCGCUGUACUAUCUUCUAAAUGCCAUUCCAGCCAAGGUGCAGCGGGGAUUUCGCUCCGUUAUUGUCUACUUGACUUGUCUGGACAGCAGCAAUGACUUUGUGGCUGUGGGCAGCAGCAUCGGGAUGCUCUAUCUCUACUGUCGCCGUCUUGCUCACAUGAACAAGUACAGCGUGGAGGGCAAGUGCAAUGUAAUUACGGCAGUGAAGCUGCUCAGCUGCUUCGACGAUCUGGUCGCAGUAGGAACAGCUUCAGGGCGGGUAACAGUUUUUCAGCUGGUGUCGCCCCUUCCUGGUCGUAACAAACAGUUAAGGCGUUUUGAUGUUGUUGGCCUUCACAAAGGUUCAGUGACAUCACUGGCAUGGAGCACCAAUGGGAUGAAGCUUUUUUCUGGAGACGAUAAAGGACGAGUCGUCUUCUCAUCUUUGGAUCUCGACCAGGGUGUGUGUAAUCCCGUGCUCCUAUUGGACGAAUCCUCGGGUGUGGUUCAGAUGGAAUACAGUCACCAGGUGUUGCUUGUGUCAACGCAGCACAGAUCUCUGCUUUACUGCACGCAGAAACAGGAAGUAAAACAGCUGGGCACAAAACCACGGAAGAGUAGUGGCAGGUUUGGCGCCUGCUUUCUGCCGGCCCUCUGUAAGCAAAGUGAUGUUCAGAUGUUCGCUGCCCGACCUGGAGUCAGACUGUGGAGGUGUGACAUCACAGGUCAGGUGGAGGAAACAUGCCAGCUGAGGCCACUGUUCAACACACAGGUCCCUCAAUUUGACUUAUUUCCUAGUUCAGAACCAAUCAGAACAUAUCUUCCAUCAGACAGACAGUUGGGUCUGCUGAGUUGUUUCUACAGACAUGGAUGGAUUCUGAGCUGGAACGAGUACAGCGUUUAUGUUGUGGAUGUUCUGAACCAGGUCAUUGUCGGAGCACUUGAGAGCAGCGGAGACAUUGUAUCAGUGUCUUGUUGUGACAAUGAGAUCUUCAUCCUUAAAGGAGAUAGAGACAUUAUCCGUGUAUCCAACAGUCCUGAGGGACUGUCUUCCAACUUGUCAGAGCUUUCUGUCCGUCUAUCGUCACCUCUGACAACACCCACCAUCAUUCCACCUACUGGAUUGGUGGAAACGGCUCAACCAAUCAGAACCGUGCCUAUCAUCGCAGAGGCUUUGGACAGACGACAUGGAGGGGCAUGGAGGGAGGGGCAAGUGGAAAAAGAUGAUAAGGAGGAUGAUGAGGAAGCAGAGGAGGCAGAGGAAAGAGAGGAGGUGAUGAGCCAGUUUUCACGGCGGCCAUCUUUGCUAACAAGCUCCUCUCACAGUCGCAGUAGCUCUAUCACUUCCUGGGAUAGUCACCAUGGAACCUGUCCAGUGUCCACAUCCUCUGAGCUCAGUUCCAGACGCUACAGCGCCCCUUUGGGUCAGGAGGAGAUGCAGCAAGAACUAGUGGUGAAGGCAGUAAAAGUAAAGAAGAGGAGAAGACGACAAGACAGCAGCAGUGGGUCUCGACUUUCUGACAGCAGUUUCUCAGACCCUGUGCCGGAAGACCAGGACAUUGCCAGGAACAACAUUUGCUCAAAUGCAGUGUUGGGGGUUCAGGACGGUGAAGGUAGACCUCCUCCCAUCAACCGGGUUGGCCUCAUGUGGUUAAAUCUUCAGAAGCCAGACCAAGACACAAAGGAGGUUGGAGGAGGCGUUAAAGAUGCACAAGAAAAAGACUCUGGGUCCGUAAUGAUGGAAAAGACAGAGGUGGUUCCACCAACUCCAGAUGUAGAUCUUCUGCUGGAGUGCACCUUCUCAUAUUUGCACAAGACUGAGGACAAUGAUGAGGAAGAGCAGCAGCCAAUGGAGGAGCAGGAAGACGAGUAUCUGAGCCCUCUGAUUCAACCAGAGGAGGAUGAAGAUGAUGAAGAGGAGGUUGUCAAAACAGUGCUUCCUGCUGGCCAUGGGGACCAGAUGUUUUACUCCACUCUGUCCACUCUGGACAAAGAGUCCACGUUGUCCAGCGAUGAAGAUGGAGACAUUUACUGCCACAGAAUGCAACCCGCUGGUAACACUGGAGAUCCAACCUGUUCACCCAAUCAGAGGGAGACCUCAGACCCACAAACAGACACAGACACUUUGUGCAAAGACAGAAACAAGUCUAAUCAGUUGGCAGAAAGUUGGAUGGGAUAUUCAGGUCCAGGAUGUGGAAUCCUUAACCUGCAGGUGACAGACAGGUAUGUUUGGUGUUUAGACUUUAAGGGAGGACUGUUCUGUAGCACUCUGCCUGAGACUGGACUCAACUGGCAGCGGUUUGAAGAUAACGUCCACCAGAUGGCAGUAUCGCCCUCUGGUAACCUACUUUGGAAGGUGGAGCAGAAGACUAUGGUAGCAUUUGCUUGUGCUAAAGUGUUGGCCAAAGGAAAACGUCACUGGUACAAAGCUGUGGAACAAACAGCCUUCGUUGCUCUGAGUGAUGACUCUGCCUGGAUCAUCAGAACCAACGGUGACCUCUACCUGCAGACAGGUCUCAGCAUGGACCGCCCCUGUGCCCGCUCAGUGAGGGUGGACUCACCCUGUGUCUUUAGUCAGGUGUGUGUGCAAGGAGGUGUGGUCUGGGCUUUAAGCGAACACAAAGCCUUGUUCUACAGAGAAGGAGUGAGCAGUUACUGCAGCGAGGGCGAUGGCUGGAGGUCGGAUACUGUCAGUGAGGCUCAGGGUCUGGAUCUCUUGUGCGUUGCCCUUGGUGGUGGAGGUACAGCAUGGGCUUUGGACUCUUGCGGCGGAUUGUGGUUCAGGACUGGGAUCAGUGCUUCCAGACCACAAGGAGAAGAUGAGCACUGGUGGCAGAUCAGCAUUUCGGACUAUGUGGUCUUCGACCAGGGUAGUUUGUUCCAGACUCUGCUGCAGGCCACACAGAGUGUUGCCACAGUAACCAGAGCACCAAUGGAUCGGGUUGUGGCUUUUCUGUCUCAGUACUCUCAGUGUCAGCCAAGUCUGGUCAGCGCAAAUUCUAGCGGUGUCUGGGUGGCAUCUGGACGUAAUCAACUGCAUCUGGCCCGUGGCAGCCUUGUUGGAACAUUCUGGCAGAAUGUAGUUCCCAGAGGAACUGUAUCAUCGACUCGAUGGACCUUCAUCACAUCGUCACCUGUGCCUAACAGAGAAGGUACAUUCCUGUGGUUGGCUCAGAGCAGGAAGGACUUGUUUUGUGUUUGGGAUCAGGACGGAGAGCUUCGCCCCUCGUCAGUGCCUCUGCCACCUGAGGUGGAGCUCACCCACCUGUCAGCAUGUCGGGACGCUCUCUGGGGAUUGGACUGUCACGGACAAGUUUUUAUCCGUCCUCUGUCUCCGUCCUGUCCCACUGGGCUGCACUGGACACACCUGGACCUCAAUCAGCUGGGUCCUGUUCGUCUGGUCAGUCUGAGCUGUGGCAGUCAGAAUGUCUGGGCUGUUGACAGUCGAGGGGUUGUGUAUUUCAGAGUUGGAACACAGCCACUGAACCCAAGCAUGAUGCUGCCAGCAUGGAUCCACAUAGAUCCACCUGAGCAGCCAAUGGGAGUGCAGCUGGUCAGUAUUCAGACCAGUUCCAAUGACCGUCUGCUCUGGGCUCUGGACAACCGAGGGUCUGUCUUUGUCAGAACUGGACUCAGUCAUGAGAUGCCUGUGGGGACUGCGUGGGAAAUGGUGCCAGGGUUAGCAGUGAGACAGCUCGUCCUCAGCUGUCAAACAGUUUGGGUUCGUUGUAUAAAUGGAGAUCUGGCUCGACGUUAUGGAGUUUCUGAACGAAAUGCAGCAGGAGAUUAUUGGAAGAAGAUCCCAGGGAGUGCCAACUUUUUAACUGUGACUCCAGAGGACGAAUUGUGGGCAGUAACUCUGAUUGGUGGUUUGUCCCGGCGUCUGACAAAGCUCCUCCCACAGACACCCUGUAGAUCCACGACCUCGGGCCCCGCCCUAAGCGUAGAUGAUGUUGAUGAUGAAUGGGAGCUCAUCUGAUCUAAGACAUCAUGCUGAAUGCACAGAUGCUACGACUGUAAUGUGACAUCAAUGGCUGCCGUGAGAAGAGCCCAUGUGGCUGUGAGGAAACAUGAUAAACUUUUUCUAUUUUAAUUUAACAAGAAGCACUUUAAACUUGACUUAGACAGCACUAAACCCAACACUGGUUUUAACUGGUUUCAGUUGGUUUCAACAGGUUUUGGUUAAGAAGAGUGUACUCCAAAGUCAACCACACAAUUGGUCUGGACUGUAGAAGACUUGGAUGGUCUUUGGUAGACUCCGAUGUGACUCAGGUGAACCGCGGUGGACUAUGGACUAUGGCUGUCUGUUAGAAAUGGACUUAGCCAUCUGCUUCCAACAAAGACAAGUGAAGAAUUGAAGACUAAGAAGAGGCCACUAUCUUCACCUGUAAGAAGAGGCCAGGUUGACUUCUGUACAUCUUCUGUUGUUGCAUUAAUGACCUACCCCUCCUUUAAAUUUGAGCAAACUAAUAUAAAACUAGUGGUCUAAACCAUGAACUCUUAAUGAAACCAUUCAUCAACAAUAAUUUGCAGAGGUUUCAUCUGACCUGCAUUUGGCUACAUGCAUUUCCUUUUUAUGGUUUAUGGAUUGACAUACAGUAUGUAGUUAAACAAAGAUAAACUUUGGUGCAUUUUUUUAACUCUGGAUAUGACACCAAUGAACCGGAGUGGAUUCUGUUGCUCAUUCAGUUCCUUCCCUGAUAGGCUUUGUCCUUCUCCACAGCAACUCAGUGGAGUAUAAUGACCGUUUGAUGCUAUCCAUCUGAUCAGCUGAUUGGUUGUAGUGUUUGAUGUCAUUCAUUCAUUUAUUAAACACACUAAACAAUAAAA